GAACUUUCAUUUGGUUUCAUUGGAAUAGGUUGAUUCGCUGAUUUUGGUUGCUUUUGGUUACGUUUGGAAAGAUCAGAUGGAGAACGGGCGGAAGGGAAUAGAAUUGAUUUAAAUUAAAUUGAUUUAUAAACAGUUCAGUGUAUGUAAAUUAGUUAGUGUUGUGGAAACUACUUUGCAUAAGUUCAUUAAAAAGUUAAGAUUUAUAAAAUCUAAUAAAAUACAGUGGAAUCUUGUGAAAAAAAUCAAUACAUAAUUUAUUAGAAAAAAUAUUGUGUUGCAGUAAUACAACAUAAAAGUGAACACAGUGCCUAGAUGCAUUACAGUUUUUUUUCUUUAUAAUACGAAAAACAUAUUAGCAACUUUGUAAAAAUACAUAUAGCUAAAGACAAAAACGUCCGAAUCACAUUUUAUUUGCAAUGACGCAAACUACGGCAGCUGGCUCAGGGGGUUCGAAUGUCAGCAACUUGAUGACGACAAGUAGUACACCGAUACGCAUUGGGAGCGGAUUGAGCAGCUAUCAUGGUAACAGUUCAGCUUCUGUUGCUACUCAUCAUGCAUUGACCGGAAAUGAUUCAUCUUCACCCGGUGGUGGCGGUAGUGCUGGCACUGGCACAUCUGCUGUGCCUCAAUCUAGUAGUGUACCAUCUGGGGCAGCCGAUAAUAUACGUCAGCAAUUGCAAAGCCAAAUUUCCUUGUCUAUGGGCGCCUCCAAUCAGUCGUUAGGUGUUAGCGCGGGUGCUGUAGGAGUUUCUAGUAUAACACCACCCAACAGUGCCGGUCUGCGGCAGACUGGAGCUUUUGAUUUCAAGUUUAUGCGGCGCGCAUCCUCAAAAGUUCUAUUGCCAAAACUUCCGUCCACAGAUAGCUUGAGCAACAGUCCGGGUCCAUCAUCGCCAGGACUUGCCAGUUGGGCAACAGAUAGUCGUGACAAAUAUGAUGGCAAUCAAGCAGAUAAGACGCCGGGAGAUCCCUCCAAGCUUAACCGGAAGGAGUCCUACAAGGCGCAACGCAAAAAUUAUCGGCGGGAAAAGAAACGUGUUGCGUCCGAAUUGCUGAAUUCGCUACAGGAUCCCACUGUGGUGGUGCUAGCUGAUUGGCUUAAGGUACGUGGCACACUGAAGUCAUGGACAAAGCUGUGGUGUGUUUUAAAGCCCGGCAUGAUGCUGCUCUACAAGAGUCCCAAGCUGAAAAGCAGCCAUUGGGUGGGCACAAUUAUGCUGACCUCAUGCCAGGUCAUCGAGCGGCCGAGCAAGAAAGACGGCUUUUGCUUUAAGCUUUUCCACCCACUGGAGCAGUCGAUAUGGGCGCCGCGUGGACCAGACAAGGAGACAAUAGGCGCAGUCGUUCAACCCUUACCAACCGCUUACCUGAUAUUUCGCGCACCCAGUCAGGCGGCUGGUAAAUGUUGGAUGGAUGCACUGGAGCUCUCCUUGCGCUGUUCAGCAUUGCUUUUGCGUUCCAACAGCAGCUUGGGCGCUGUGCAGGGCACCAGUGCCAGCGACAAUGCGCAGAUAUCGCAUGAAACGCAGUGGUCGGAGGCGGAUUACGAAAAACAUUUCAACGAACAUGACCCACCUCCUGAACGCUUCACACCGAGCGGUAGCAUGCAAAAACAAUAUUCGCAGUAUCUUAUGGUGCCCGAAUUGAGCAAAUCGCACGCCAGUUCGGACACAAGUUUGACAUCUCGUGCACAGACACCAAUUUUGCAGCAACUGUAUAUGACAAUGACCCAUUGGGAGCGUGUUGUUGCCAAUUCGGCGGAGAAAAAUUUACGCAAACUACGCAAAGCCAAACAUUUAGGCAAACGUGAUUCAUUUGAAGGCAUGAGUUCAAUGGGUGAUCUCAGUGAUAUUUCGAGUGUUGACUUUCCAUCCAUGCUGGAAACACACCAGUCGUUAAAAUUGAAGGCACGUCGCCAAAAUCAAUUUAUGAAAUCGGCUUCGUUAGGCCCGAUGGCACAUGAGACAUCGUCAUCGAUUGAUUCGGUUGACGAAAAUGCAGAGCUGCAGGCCAGAUCAGGCGCAUCCAGAGCAUUGAGCGCACCACCUUUUGUGCUCAACGUUAAGGAUCUUGAUGGCGAUAGCCAAAACGAAGGUGGUCCAGCCGCUAUGUCAGGGGUCGACACCGAAUCAGAAUCAGAUCAAGAGGCUGUGGUCGAAGACGAAGAGCCCGAAACACCAUAUGUGCCACUCACCGAAGAGGAGUUCGGCUCUGUGGGUGAGCAGGUGGAGGAGCUGGCAGACGAGAACAAAAGCUUGAUUUGGAUACUGGUUAAGCAAGUGCGGCCAGGCAUGGAUUUGAGUAAGGUCGUUUUGCCGACAUUCAUACUCGAGCCACGUUCAUUUUUGGAUAAACUAUCCGAUUCAUAUUAUCAUGCAGACAUCUUGUCGAGGGCUGUCACCGAAGACGAUCCCUUUACGCGUAUGAAGACCGUUGUACAAUGGUACCUAUCAGGUUUCUACAAAAAACCAAAAGGCUUAAAAAAGCCCUACAAUCCAAUAUUGGGUGAAACGUUCCGUUGCUAUUGGGAGCACCCGAAUGGUAGCCGUACAUUCUACAUUGCCGAACAGGUGUCACAUCAUCCACCAGUGUCGGCGUUUUAUGUGACCAAUCGCCAGGAUGGUUUCUGCAUCAGUUGCUCCAUCUUGGCUAAAUCGAAGUUCUAUGGCAACAGCACAUCAGCUGUACUGGAAGGCGUUGCCACACUCACGUUGCUACCUCGUGGUGAAACGUAUACAUUGAAUACACCAUAUGCCCAUUGUAAGGGCAUACUUGUUGGUACACUGUCCAUGGAGUUGGGCGGCAAAGUUAACAUUGAGUGCGAGAACACCGGUUACAAGACGGAACUGGAAUUCAAGCUGAAACCAUUCCUGGGUGGCUCGGACUAUACCAAUUUAAUUUCGGGUAAAAUUAAGUUGGGCAAAGAGACCAUGGCCACCAUAAGUGGUCAUUGGGAUACCGAAAUGACAAUCAAAGAAGCUAAAACUGGCGAAGAAACUGUACUUUUUAAAGCGGACGCGGACACGAAACACAAGCGUCUGGUGCGCUAUGUGGUACCGUUGGAUGCGCAGCUACCAAACGAAUCUGAACGUUUAUGGGAGAAAGUAUCGCUAGCGAUACGUAGCGACGAUCAGGUUGGCGCAACCGAGGAGAAGACCGUGCUGGAGGAAGCGCAGCGCAACUCGGCAAAGGAACGAAAAGCACUAUCAAUUGAAUGGAUGCCGGUACAUUUCAACUUCGAUCCGAUAAUAACACAGUGGAUGUAUAAUUACGCUGACUUGCGUCCGUGGGAUCAACGCAACGAUUUGAAGCAGUACGAAGCGAAUUACAAAGUGCUCACGAAGACACGCCAUCGGGCGCCAAUGGUGCGUAACCCGAGCAUCGUGACUGCCGAUCCAAUGCAGUUAAUUAAAUCAUCUUCUCUAUUGAAGGUAAAACAUAAAAGCCUUUCGAUUUUGGGUCUGCCACAUGACGAUGAAAAAAGCGAUUCGAGUGGAUCAAAUCCGGAUGUGAACAAGGAGCCACACCAGAAAUCGAACAAAUCAAUACGAAAAUUGGUAUCAGCCAUUGAAAAGAUGAAUCACACACUGGAGGAGCAAACGAAGCAAUUGCGUGUGAUCCAAACAAAUUUGGAGCGAAUCCACUAUAAUCCCAGACUAAUGGCGCCGUCUACAUCUACCGGCCGUUACGCCGACAUUGUGCCGCGCACCGUGCCACAAACGGUGGUCAUAAAAUCAAUGGUUUAUGCAUUCGUUGGCUUAGCAGCCUGCUUUGUAAUGAAAUGGAUGUUUAAGUAAAUCGAGCGUCAACUCAGUUGAAGCGGUGAACGAAUCGAUAAGUUGAAUUAGUUAGGUAAAACGCUUAUUGUUCAAAAUAUUCAUUGAUGUUGCUGUUGUUGUCAGCGCAACGAGAUCGUGUGCAAUAUGUUUCACACAAGUAAAUAUACAUACAUACUUACAUCAAGCGAUGUAACCGUAAAUAAUGCUUAAGUUACGGUUUUACGGUACACAUUUUUACGCUAACUUUAAAAUCGUCUUUAAAAUAAUAUGUUACUAUAGUAUUACCUCAAUUUGAAUUAUGUUAAGCUAUUUUAAAAAACUUCCUUUGUACUUUUCGCGUUUAGGUCGUAAACUUUUCGAGACACACUUCACUGCAUGCAUAUUGUUUUGUAUGCAGGCGGUUUGAAAUUAUACAACUAUAUACAUACAUAUAUGUAUGCUUAUAUACAUAAGUCUAUUAUGUAUUUGCAUGAAAAGUGUAAAGAGCUGUGUAUGUUGAUAAGUGAGAUAAUAGUUUUAUUUGAGUUUUCGUGUGAAUAAUUCGAUGUCGUUGUUGUUACCUAGGCAUUAUCACUGAACAGUGGUUUAUGCGGCAGCUGGUACCAUUUAUUUGCGUAAGAGAUUAAGGGGCACACUUGUGAGAGUCGAAAAAUGGCAAUUACAAAAAAAAUGCUUAAAUUGCUUUUUACACAAUAUAUAUAUUUGAGGUUAGAUUUGAAGAGUAUACAACAAAGUUUUUGAAGAAAAAAAUAAUAUUUUUUGAGUUACACGCGGUCGGAAAAAAUAAAAAUAAAUGCGGCGUUUAAAAAAAAUGAAAUCAAAAACUACUAUAUUAAAAGUCAAAACUAUAUUUAAUUUUAAAUUUUAAUAUAAUAUUAUUUCACACGAAAUGUGCCCCUUAAAAAUAUUCAUUAAGAACGUGAACCUCGACAGUUUUCACUUUUUUACUAGUUGAAAAAUUUAAUUAGGCUAUAGUGGAGGAGUCUAACGUAGAAAUAUCUAUAAUUGUAGGUGUCAAAAUCUUACCCAACGUUUAAGUAAGACUUUGACACUAAAAAUUGUGGAGAUGUUUACGGUUCUCCAAAAUCGAACUGUAUGUGGUUCACACAACUAUUCACACGUAAUAUUUUCCUAUUUUUUGAUAAGUUUGUAAAAGUUGUUUUGAGGUUAGUUGCUUUGAAAGCAGGAAUCGUUAGGAUUUUUUUUAACUAUAAUUUAGUUGUGUAUUACAACCAUUCAUUGUAAACUCACUGUAAACAUACCUAAGAAAUUUGAUUUCUUUAUAUACGAAGGCUUUUCAAAAGUUAUUCACAUAUAAAUUUGAUUCCUUUAUAAAUACUACAAGUAUAUAUUUUUUAUUUCAAUUAUUAUAAAACAUAUAUUAAGAUUAAAAGAAGAAGAAGCAGAUGUUAUUAGCUGUGUGUUGGAUUUGUGGAAAAGCUGUUGUUCGUGCUAGCGAGAUAUUAUGUAAUUUAACUCAUAUGUAUUUUUAUUAUGUAUCGUGAUCGUGAUCGUGUCGUGAUUUGCAUCAACGAAGUAAGACAUUUAAAAUUUAAACAAUUAAUACAUAUUUAUAACAUGUUGUUCUGAUUAUCGCACCAAGCAUCGACGGUUACAUUUAGAAAAUAACUGUCUGUCUCUCCCUCUAUAACUCUCUCGGUCACACAACACGCACUUGAACUGCAUAUGAAUUAAAGAAAUUUUCCAAACAAAUAAAAGCACCAUGACAGGAAUCACAACACAAAUUCGCUUAUUAGCCACGAUUAGACUAUAGAAAUUAUUGCUAUGUACGCUAAAUAAAAUUUAUUCUGUUAAAAGAACAUAACAAAAGGAGUAAGAUGAAGAUGAUUACCUACAUAAGUACACAAAUGCUGUUAACAUUUCAAGUCCAAUAAACGAAACUCUAUACUUUA